UCUUCUUCACCUUCUUCACCUUCACCUUGGGCUUUACUUCACCUCCUCCCCUUCGCCAACCUCUCCCUACAUACAUUAUUGUUUCAAUCUUUUCCCCACCAAACCCCAAGCAUUAUCCCCAUCUCUCUCUCUCUCUAGAUCUCUCUCUCUCUCUCUCUCUCUCUCUUGCCCCCUUUUGUUUGGUUCUGUGCUCUCCACAUUAUGGUUAUGGUAAUGGUGGUGGUGGUGGUGGUGGGUUUAGGUGCCGUGGUGGUCUCCUCCUUGUUUCGCCAUUAAAGGCAUUCCCUUUUCCUUUUUUCUUUCUCCUCCUUCGUUAAAGGAGAGAAGAGGAGGAGAGGGAGAGAAGAGAUCAGGAGAGAGAGAGAGAGAGAAAUGGGGGUGCUUUUGCUGCAGCUUUCGGGCUUCUGCUUCUGGUUUUGGGCUUUUGGCAGCGCCGCCGCCGCAGGGGAGCGGGAGGCGGCGGCGGCGGCGGUGGCGGUGGAGGGGAGGUACGCGGCGGCGGCGGCGGACGGCGACUUCGUGUGCGCGACGCUGGAUUGGUGGCCGCCGGAGAAGUGCGACUACGGCACCUGCAGCUGGGGACUCGCCUCGCUUCUCAAUUUGAAUCUUUCCAACCCUAUUCUAUUGAAUGCGAUCAAAGAAUUUUCUCCAUUGAAGCUUCGCCUAGGGGGCACAUUGCAAGAUAAGGUCAUUUAUGACACUGGAGACCCUGAACAAAAAUGCACUCCGUUCGUCAAGAAUGAUUCGGAGAUAUUUGGGUUUUCCGAGGGCUGCUUACCUUUGAAGAGAUGGGAUGAACUCAACGACUUCUUUAGGAAAGCAGGGGCCGUAAUCAUUUUCGGGUUGAAUGCACUCAACGGAAGGGUUCCUAUGCCGGACGGUUCAUUAGGAGGACCUUGGAACUACUCCAAUGCUGCAUCUUUUAUUCGAUAUACAGUCAACAGAGGUUACACAAUCCAUGGUUGGGAGCUUGGAAAUGAACUUAGUGGAAAUGGAGUCGGUGCUCGAGUUGGUGCAGAUCAGUAUGCUGCAGAUGCGAUCGCCCUCAAAUCAAUAAUUGACGACAUUUAUCAAGGCUUCCCUGCUAAGCCAUUGGUUAUAGCACCAGGUGGCUUCUUUGACGCAGGCUGGUUCAGUGAGUUUAUUACUAAAACAAAACCAAGCUCAUUGGAUGUAAUCACCCACCACAUCUACAAUCUUGGUCCAGGUGUUGAUGAUCACCUGAUCGACAAAAUUCUUGAUCCUUCGUAUCUUGAUGGUGAAGCCAGUACAUUCAGCAACCUGCAGGGAAUAUUAAAAGCAGCAGGGACUAAAACUGUUGCAUGGGUUGGUGAGGCUGGAGGCGCUUACAAUAGCGGCCAUCAUCUCGUCACCGAUUCUUUUGUUUUCAGCUUCUGGUAUUUGGAUCAGCUGGGCAUGGCAUCUAAGUAUGAUACUAAGAGCUACUGCCGACAGUCCUUGAUUGGGGGGAACUACGGCCUUCUGAACAGAAUCACCUUCGAACCAAAUCCUGAUUAUUAUAGCGCGCUGUUGUGGCACCGUUUAAUGGGGAAAAUUGCUUUGUUAACAAACUUCACGGGGACGGACAAAAUACGGGCGUAUGCACACUGUGCAAGACAAUCACAAGGAAUCACACUACUCUUGAUCAACCUUAGCGGAAAUACGACGACUCAAGUGUUUGCUACCACCGCAGCUGCUUUUCCCCAAUCUUUAAAGCGCGAUUCUAGCGAUUCCAGGACGAGGUUCAGUCGUAUUCGUCGGCAUGGGAAAGCAACAAAUUUCAUGAGAGAAGAAUACCACCUAACAGCUGAGGAUGGGAACCUCCAAAGCCAAACAAUGCUGUUGAAUGGAAAGAUCCUGGCCGUCGAUUCGAGCGGGAAUAUCCCUAAAUUCGAACCGAUUCAAGUCGAAGCGUCGCAACCAUUAACGGUUGCGCCUUUCUCCAUUGUGUUUGCCCACAUUCCCUACUUUUAUGCUCCUGCUUGCAGGUAGAGUUCUUCUGCUGCAUGUUGUUUUAUACAGAAAGGAUGGGGAACUAAGUUGCCCAUUCUUUAAUUUGUGAUAUUGAUUGAAAGAUUUGUGAUUCUUUUUCUUUUUUCUUUUUUUCAUUUCCUUAAAUGUUUGAUGAGAUAAUGGUUGAGGGAAUAAAAAAGAAUGAAAGAUUUGUAAUACUGAAUAUUUGUAUUUGUGUUGGGGGCAAAUUACCAAUUCUGUUGGUGUACAGCAGAAUAUGGGUUAAAUAGAAAGCUGGAUUUGGCUUCAUUGUUUUUUUUUUAUA